UGUGGAACGCACACUUCCUUCCCACUUUUCUCUGUCCUUUCUUGUCCUCCUGUGACAACAGCGUUUCCAAGAACCCCGCCUCCUUACCCAUAUUUUCGUUUCUGAUUGGUGUGAAUUGUAAACGAGUUGCUCUGUCAGUGUAUUUUCCUGCCAUGCCUAAGCUGGGCCGACAUAUGGACAUGAAGUAUAUGGGAAAAUAGAAGCUGUAACAAGACGAUGGAUCGUUUUUCAGAUGGUGCUGGAGAUCUUGUCUUUCAUUUUUUUACUUUGGCUAAUUUGGAAACAUGUGCAGAGGCCUCUACAAUCACGUUCUAAGAGGCGGAAAGUACUGUUUGAAUUUGUUGAAAGCAUCAUGGAAGGUGACAAAGAGCAGUUGCCAAAACCACCAAUAGCAGAAGCUGAAACUCCAGCUGAGUCAGAUGACAAUCUUCUCAGGACCCAAGCAGAAGGAACUACCUCAGGUCAAAUACAAGACACAAACUCAGGAGUCAAUUCUGGCACUUUACCACCACGUGCAGCAUCUCUCUCCAAACCAGAGCAGAAGCAGCUGAAAUUUGCACCCUCAAGAGGUACAGAACCUGUAAAUCCAAAGCCAAGGAAGCAGCCAUUGUCUAAAUUCAUCCUGGGCUCCUCAGAGGACAACUCCGAUGAUGAUGAAUUUGCCUGUGGAUCGUUUAAAACUACAAAGAGAAACAGCCAGGCAAGCCUUGGUUCUCAGACUCCAUCUUUAUCUUCCUUGCCAGAAACAGAAUCAUUACCUACUAUGAGGUCCAGCAUGUCUGGGUUACACCUUGUGAAGAAGGGCAGAGAUCACAAGAAGCUGGAUCUCCAUAGGGACUUCACUGUUGCUUCACCGCAUGAAUUUGUAACACGGUUUGGUGGGAACCGGGUUAUUGAAAAGGUCCUCAUAGCCAACAAUGGCAUUGCAGCAGUCAAGUGCAUGCGUUCCAUCCGGAGAUGGUCAUACGAAAUGUUCAGGAAUGAAAGAGCAAUCCGUUUCGUGGUCAUGGUUACCCCAGAAGACCUCAAAGCUAAUGCAGAGUACAUCAAAAUGGCUGAUCACUAUGUGCCAGUCCCAGGAGGACCCAAUAACAACAACUAUGCUAAUGUAGAACUAAUUGUUGACAUUGCCAAACGAAUACCAGUACAGGCUGUGUGGGCUGGAUGGGGACAUGCCUCAGAAAAUCCAAAACUUCCAGAGCUCCUGCAGAAACAGAACAUUGCGUUCUUGGGGCCUCCCAGCCAGGCCAUGUGGGCCUUAGGAGACAAGAUAGCCUCUACAAUUGUUGCUCAGGCUGUGGGAAUCCCAACUCUUUCAUGGAGUGGUGAUGGUCUCCUACUAGAAUUAAAACCAGAUGACAAGCAACAACAAAAUAUUAUUUGCGUUCCUCCAGAGGUGUAUGAAAAAGGCUGUGUUAAAGAUGCAGAUGAAGGACUUGAGGCUGCAGAGAGAAUUGGAUACCCAGUGAUGAUUAAGGCAUCAGAAGGUGGCGGGGGGAAAGGCAUCCGAAUGGCUGAGCGAGCUGAGGAUUUUCCCAGUCUAUUUAGACAGGUGCAAACAGAGGCCCCAGGAUCACCCAUUUUUGUUAUGAAGCUUGCUCAGCAUGCCCGACACUUGGAGGUCCAGAUAUUGGCAGAUCAAUAUGGUCAUGCUGUGUCUCUGUUCGGACGGGAUUGUUCCAUACAGCGACGACACCAAAAGAUAAUUGAGGAAGCUCCUGCCACUGUGGCUACCCCAUCUGUAUUUGAGUACAUGGAACAAUGUGCAGUGCGUCUUGCCAAAAUGGUGGGGUAUGUGAGUGCAGGAACAGUAGAGUACCUGUACAGUGAAGAUGGGAGCUUUCAUUUCUUGGAACUCAACCCUCGGCUUCAAGUGGAACAUCCCUGCACUGAAAUGAUCUGUGAUGUUAACCUCCCAGCUGCUCAACUCCAGAUUUCAAUGGGAGUUCCCUUGUACAGGAUAAAAGAUAUACGAGUGCUGUACGGAGAGACACCAUGGGGAGAUUCACCCAUUUGCUUUGAGAACCCUGUGAAUGCACCAAAUCCCAGAGGCCACGUCAUUGCUGCUAGGAUAACCAGUGAGAACCCAGAUGAAGGUUUUAAGCCAAGCUCUGGGACCGUCCAGGAACUAAACUUUCGCAGCAGUAAGAAUGUUUGGGGAUAUUUCAGCGUAGCGGCUGCUGGCGGUCUUCAUGAAUUCGCUGAUUCCCAAUUCGGGCAUUGCUUCUCCUGGGGAGAGAACCGUGAAGAAGCUAUCUCGAACAUGGUUGUAGCUCUUAAAGAGCUGUCUAUCCGGGGAGACUUUAGAACUACUGUGGAAUACCUCAUUAAGUUGCUGGAGACAGAGAGCUUCCAGAACAAUGAAAUUGACACUGGCUGGCUGGAUCACCUAAUCGCUGAGAAAGUCCAGGCAGAAAAACCAGACACAAUGCUUGGAGUAGUAUGUGGUGCACUAAAUGUGGCAGAUGCUUUGUUCCAGACCUGUAUGAAUGAGUUUCUGCACUGCCUCGAGAGAGGCCAGGUACUUCCAGCAGCUUCACUUCUGAACAUUGUUGACGUUGAGCUAAUUUCUGAGCGUGUUAAAUAUAAACUGAAGGUUGCCCGGCAGUCCCUUACCACCUAUGUGAUAAUCCUGAAUAACUCUCACAUAGAGAUAGAUGUGCACCGCUUGAGUGAUGGGGGGCUUCUCUUGUCCUACGACGGCAAUAGUUACACUACAUACAUGAAGGAGGAAGUUGACCGAUACCGAAUAACUAUUGGAAACAAGACUUGUGUUUUUGAGAAGGAGAAUGACCCCACGGUGCUACGAUCACCCUCUACUGGCAAAUUGCUUCAAUACACAGUGGAGGAUGGUUCCCAUGUGAAUGCUGGGGAGUGCUUUGCAGAAAUUGAGGUAAUGAAAAUGGUAAUGGCCCUGACUGUGCAGGAGCCAGGUCAGAUACAUUAUGUGAAACGUCCUGGAGCUGUUCUGGAGUCAGGCUGUAUGGUGGCUCAAAUUGAUUUAGAUGAUCCAUCUAAAGUCCUCCAGGCAGAGCCGUACACUGGGAGCCUCUUGCCGCAGCAAACUCUGCCGAUUAUUGGAGAGAAGCUCCACCAGGUUUUUCACAGUGUUCUGGAAAAUCUGAUUAAUGUGAUGAAUGGUUACUGCUUGCCUGAGCCCUACUUCACUGUCAAGAUAAAAGAGUGGGUGCACAAACUAAUGAAGACAUUGCGAGACCCUUCUCUCCCUCUUCUGGAGCUGCAGGAAAUCAUGACCAGUGUUUCUACCAGAAUUCCACCCACUGUAGAGCGGUCCAUACGCAAAAUUAUGGCUCAGUAUGCCAGUAAUAUCACCUCUGUCCUGUGCCAGUUCCCCAGCCAGCAGAUUGCAAGUAUUCUGGACAGCCAUGCUGCAACAUUGCAGAGGAAAGCAGACCGGGAAGUGUUUUUUAUGAAUACCCAGAGUAUUGUGCAACUUGUACAGAGAUAUCGCAGUGGAAUCCGUGGCUACAUGAAAUCUGUGGUACUUGAUUUGCUAAGAAGAUACUUACAAGUUGAAACUCAGUUCCAACACUCUCACUACGAUAAAUGUGUGAUACAUCUGCGGGAACAGUACAAGCCAGACAUGACCCCUGUUCUGGAAUGUAUUUUUUCACAUGCCCAGGUGGCUAAAAAGAACUUUCUUGUCACCAUGCUAAUAGAUCAACUUUGUGGGCGUGACCCCACACUUACUGACGAGUUAAUGGCUAUUCUCAACGAGCUGACACAACUGAGUAAAACUGAGCAUUCAAAAGUUGCACUCAGGGCACGUCAGGUUCUGAUUGCUUCCCAUCUUCCCUCAUAUGAACUGAGACACAAUCAGGUGGAAUCUAUUUUCCUCUCUGCUAUUGAUCUGUAUGGACAUCAGUUCUGCCCAGAUAACCUAAAGAAACUGAUCUUGUCAGAAACCUCAAUUUUUGAUGUCCUCCCAAACUUCUUCUAUCACAAUAACCAGGUUGUUCGAAUGGCUGCACUGGAGGUGUAUGUUAGAAGAGGUUAUAUUGCCUAUGAACUUAACAGCCUCCAGCACCAUCAGCUUCGUGAUUGCACCUGUGUAGUGGAGUUCCAGUUCAUGCUACCAUCCUCUCACCCUAACAGGAUGUCUCUGCCAAUCAGUGCAACGCAUCUUGAGAUUAAUCGCCAGAGCAGUGAACUUUUCAUGGACAGUGGCUUCUCUCCUCUGUGUCAAAGGAUGGGGGUCAUGGUUGCUUUUAAUAAGUUUGAGGACUUUACCAGGAACUUUGAUGAGGUCAUUUCCUGCUUUGCAGACCCUCCUCUGGACAGUCCUCUGUUUAGCGAAGUCAGAUCUUCCUUUUAUGAUGAGGAGGACAAUAAGAAUAUCCGGGAGGAGCCAAUUCACAUUCUUAAUGUGGCUUUAAAGUCUGUUGAUCGCAUGGAAGAUGAAGAACUGGUGUCUGUGUUUAGAACAUUCUGUCAGUCUAAGAAAAACAUCUUGGUUGAUUACGGACUUCGCAGAAUCACAUUUUUGAUAGCCCAACAGAGAGAGUUUCCAAAAUUCUUCACAUUCAGAGCAAGAGAUGAGUUUGCCGAAGACCGAAUAUACAGGCACCUUGAGCCUGCCCUAGCCUUCCAGUUAGAACUAAAUCGAAUGCGUAAUUUUGACUUAAAUGCAGUGCCAUGUGCCAACCACAAAAUGCAUCUCUAUCUUGGAGCAGCUAAAGUAGCGGCAGGGAUUGAAGUGACAGACUACAGAUUUUUCGUACGAGCCAUAAUUCGCCAUUCUGACCUGAUUACAAAGGAAGCUUCCUUUGAAUACCUACAGAAUGAAGGAGAGCGUCUUCUUCUGGAGGCAAUGGAUGAGCUAGAAGUUGCCUUCAACAAUCCCAGUGUUCGCACUGAUUGCAAUCACAUCUUCUUGAACUUUGUUCCCACUGUCAUUAUGGACCCUUCCAAGAUUGAGGAGUCAGUCCGCUCUAUGGUUAUGAGAUACGGGAGCAGAUUGUGGAAGCUGCGUGUCCUUCAAGCUGAAGUCAAAAUCAACAUUCGCUUAACCCCCACAGGCAAAGCCAUCCCCAUUCGCCUAUUCCUGACAAAUGAGUCUGGGUAUUACCUAGAUAUCAGCCUCUACAAGGAGGUGACAGAUCCUGCCACAGGACAAAUCAUGUUUCAUUCAUAUGGGGAUAAGCACGGACACAUGCAUGGCAUGUUGAUCAACACACCAUAUGUCACCAAAGACUUGCUGCAGUCCAAAAGGUUUCAGGCCCAGUCCCUUGGGACUACUUAUGUGUAUGACUUCCCAGAGAUGUUCAGACAGGCUCUGUUUAAACUGUGGCGCUCAGGAGAGAAGUACCCUAAAGAUAUUCUUACGUACACAGAGCUGGUUUUGGACACCCAAGGUCAGCUGGUCCAGUUAAACAGACUUCCAGGUGGAAAUGAGGUUGGAAUGGUGGCUUUCAAAAUGAAUUUGAAAACCCCUGAGUAUCCAAAUGGCCGUGAGAUUAUUGUCAUCUGCAAUGAUAUUACCUACAAGAUUGGCUCCUUUGGGCCACAAGAAGAUCUGCUUUUCCUCAAAACUUCAGAGUUGGCCAGAAAAGAAGGCAUUCCACGUAUUUACAUUGCAGCCAAUAGUGGUGCCCGUAUUGGGCUGGCAGAGGAGCUGCGGCACAUGUUUCAGGUGGCUUGGAACAAUCCUUCUGACCCUUAUAAGGGUUUCAAAUAUCUUUAUUUGAGGCCUCAAGACUACACAAAAAUCAGCUCCAUGAACUCUGCACACUGUGAGCACGUGGAGGAUGAAGGAGAAUCAAGGUAUGUUUUGACUGACAUUAUCGGGAAGGAGGAAGGAAUUGGAGUAGAAAAUCUUCGAGGCUCAGGGACAAUCGCUGGAGAAUCAUCCUUGGCUUAUAAAGAGAUUGUUACUAUUGGCAUGGUGACUUGCAGAGCCAUUGGAAUCGGGGCCUAUUUAGUGAGGUUGGGUCAGAGAGUUAUACAGGUGGAGAACUCACAUAUCAUUCUGACAGGAGCCAGUGCGCUGAACAAGGUUCUGGGCCGAGAAGUCUACACAUCAAAUAACCAGCUUGGCGGUGUGCAGAUCAUGUGCAACAAUGGAGUGUCUCACACCAUGGUACCUGAUGAUUUUGAGGGAGUGUAUACCAUUCUUCAGUGGCUUUCCUACAUGCCAAAGGAUAACCAAAGUCCUGUGCCUGUUAUUCCCCCUAUGGACCCAGUUGACCGUCAGAUUGAGUUCAUGCCAACCAAGGCUCCCUAUGAUCCUCGCUGGAUGCUUGCCGGGAGACCGCAUCCAACUAUCAAAGGAGAAUGGCAGCGAGGCUUUUUUGACCAUGGAAGCUUUAUGGAGAUCAUGCAGCGCUGGGCUCAAACUGUUGUUGUUGGCAGGGCACGACUUGGAGGAAUACCUGUAGGUGUAAUUGCUGUGGAGACUAGAAGUGUGGAAAUGGCAGUGCCUGCUGAUCCAGCCAAUCUGGAUUCUGAAGCCAAGAUUAUUCAGCAAGCUGGACAGGUUUGGUUCCCAGACUCUGCCUUUAAAACUGCCCAGGCAAUAAAGGAUUUCAACAGGGAGAGACUGCCACUUCUUAUCUUUGCAAACUGGCGUGGAUUUUCCGGAGGAAUGAAAGACAUGUAUGACCAAGUGCUUAAGUUUGGAGCAUAUAUUGUGGACAGCCUGCGGGAGUUUAAGCAGCCAGUGCUGGUGUACAUACCACCGUACGCUGAGCUGAGAGGAGGAUCAUGGGUUGUUAUAGAUCCAACUAUUAACCCACUCUAUAUGGAACUGUAUGCAGACAAGGACAGCAGGGGUGGUGUCUUGGAACCCGAGGGCACAGUUGAGAUUCGUUUUAGAAAGAAAGACCUGAUAAAAACAAUGAGAAGGAUAGACCCUGUGUAUACCCAAAUAGUAGAACAGCUCGGUAGCCCAGAGCUGACUGAGGGAGAACGUAAAGAGCUGGAGAAGAAACUAAGGUUGAGAGAGGAGCAGCUACUCCCUAUUUACCACCAAGUUGCUGUGCGAUUUGCAGAUCUCCAUGAUACACCAGGCAGGAUGCAGGAGAAAGGUGUCAUCACAGAUAUUCUGGAAUGGAAGGAUGCUCGAUCCUUCCUCUACUGGAGGCUACGGCGCCUUCUCCUGGAAGAAAUGGUGAAAAGUGAGAUCCUCCAUGCAAACAGCGAGCUCAGCGAUAUUCAUAUCCAGUCUAUGCUGCGUCGAUGGUUUAUGGAGACUGAGGGAGCUGUAAAGACUUACCUAUGGGACAAUAACCAGGUUGUGGUGGAGUGGUUGGAGAAGCACUUACAAGAGGAAGAUGAGGCACGAUCUGCAAUCCGAGAGAAUAUAAAAUACCUAAAAAAAGACUACGCUCUAAAACAUAUCCGGGGUUUGGUUCAAGCAAACCCUGAAGUAGCCAUGGACUGCAUUGUUCAUAUGACUCAACAUAUCACUCCGGCACAGAGAGCUCAGUUGACCAGGCUUUUAUCUACCAUGGACAAUACCCCCCCCAGCUAACAGUGAUGGGACAAAUACUGCACUUGCUAAUGAACUGAAAGUUUACCACAAGCACAAACUGCUCUGCCUCCGUUCACCCAAUCUGUGAAGUGCCUUCCACUACAUAGACCAGUCACUGGGAAUGUGUGAAUGCAUCCCACUGCAAUGAUGGAACAGAUUGCUUUACCUAUGAACACUCUCCCUCUUGGCACAGCCAACAGAUUUGUAUUUAUUCUUUGCAGUAUUCUUGUAUCAUGUGUUUGUGUUGCCCAAAACAAUUCUCUAAAUCAUACUGAACUUUUUUCCUUUUCUUUCUCUUUGAAAUUCUAUACGUGACCUCAGUGCUUUUCUUUUUAAUUUCUUUUUGUUUUAAUUUCUGCCCACUACAAAUGUUUCCAAGGGAUUAUAGAUACUGUACUCACAUACACAAUACUACAGAUGCUUCCGACUGAUUGGUAAAUAGCGAAGCCUGUGGCAAAUUUUGAUUGUAUUCUGUGGCAAAAUUGAUUGUAUUCAUACGCACAAUUUUUCUUCAUGUAACUUGGCCAAUUGACGAGUAAAAAAAAAACUAGAUUUUACGGAA